GAUGAAGCUUUGAACUCUAAGAAUAAUAACAAAAUAGAAGGUUGUGAUAAAUCUGUUGAAAACAACAAUAACUUAUUAAAUAAUGCUAUAUUGUUAGACAAUCUUGAUGAACCAAUGACCAUGGGAACA